CACCACAUGCACUCGUAUCACGUGCAGUCGCGAGACAGAAAGCCCCACGGGUCGAGCCAAAACAACCAAACAAGACAGUCCCACCGUGUACGAGCUUCGCGUCACAGCACCAAUUCAGCAACAACGGCAACCGCAUCAAGUAAGAAACAAUACAUCCUCUCCUCUCCCAAAUCUUCUGCGGUGGGUGCGCAGUGCCCCAGCUACAGCUAUGAGAGUCACCGAAAUCAUCAUUGAUGGCUUCAAGUCUUAUGCUGUCAGAACAGUCAUUACCGGAUGGGACGAGAGCUUCAACUCCAUUACCGGUCUCAAUGGUUCCGGCAAAUCGAACAUCCUCGACGCAAUAUGUUUCGUUCUCGGGAUCACCAAUAUGACGACAGUGCGCGCGCAGAACUUGCAGGAUUUGAUCUACAAACGUGGUCAGGCAGGCGUUACCACAGCAUCCGUCACCAUCGUCUUCGACAACAUGGACAAAGAGAAAUCGCCAGUUGCGUACGAGGGAUGGGAUUCGAUCAGUGUUACACGUCAGAUCAUGCUCGGCGGAGUCAGCAAGUAUCUCAUCAACGGUAGUCGGACGCAACAACAUGUCGUUCAGACACUCUUCCAGAGUGUCGGCCUCAAUAUCAACAACCCCAACUUUUUGAUCAUGCAGGGACGUGUCAUGAAGGUUCUCAACAUGAAGGCGACCGAAAUUCUUGCCAUGAUCGAGGAAGCCGCCGGUACCAGGAUGUUCGAGGACCGUCGAGAUAAGGCAUUCAAGACCAUGGCAAGGAAAGAUAAGAAAGUUGGGGAGAUCAACGAGUUGCUCAAAGAAGAAAUCGAGCCGAAGCUUGAAAAGCUACGAUCAGAAAAGAGAGCUUUCCUCGACUUUCAGCAGACACAGAGCGACCUCGAACGGCUUACAAAGCUAGUAGUGGCGCACGACUAUGUCAAGAACAAGCAGAGAGUAGAGCAAUCUGCUGCAGAGCUUCAAGCAAAGAAGCACCGGGUCUCAUGGCUGGGGGAUUCUGCUGUACGUCUGAAAGGCGAACUGGACAACCUUGCCGAGGACGCCAAACGGGUUAAGGCACAACGCGACAAGGAGCUCCGGAAGGGAAGCAAGUUCCUGGCUCUUGAGAAGGAAGUCAAGGAGAAAUCCCAUGAGAUCGUGCGGCUGAACACUGUGUUGGAUCUGAAGUCUAAUGGUAUCAAAGAAGAGAAGGAGAAACGAAAGGAGAUCUUGAAAAACGUCAAGGACCUAGAGAAGGCACAGGAGGCUAGGACGAAGGUUUAUGAACAGCUGAACGAGGCCCACGGUGCCGCGAAGGUGGAAUAUGAUGCGAAAUGUAAACAGGCCGAACAGACCGAUGAACUACUACAGGAGCUUCUGACGGGUGUUGCGUCGAGGGAGGGACAGGAAAGUGGCUACCAAAGCCAACUGCAAGGUAUGACACUUCUUGAUUCGGUCGAGCUACAGCUGACACUCCCACGAUAGACGCAAAGUCCCGCUUAAACACCGCGCAGACUGAGCAAGAACAAGCCAGGCUGAAAAUAAACCACUUGACGAAACGGAUCCAGAAAGAGGAGCCCCGGGCAGAGAAGGCAAAACAACAAAACGCCACAUUAUUCAAGGAGUUGGAGGGACAGC